AUGGGAUGCAGGGAUUUGGGAUGCCAGAAUGAAGGGAUGUUGGGAUGCAGGGAUUUUGGGAUGCCAGAAUGAAGGGAUGUUGGGAUGCAGGGAUUUUGGGAUGCCAGAAUGAAGGGAUGUUGGGAUGCAGGGAUUUUGGGAUGUUGGGAUGCAGGGGGGGUGGGAUGCAGGGGUGAUGGGAUGGAGGGAUGCAGGGAUUUUGGGAUGUUGGGAUGCAUGGACGUUGGGAUGCAGGGAUUUUGGGAUGUUGGGAUGCAGGGAUUUUGGGAUGAUGGAUGCAGGGAUUUUGGGAUGAUGGGAUGCAGGGAUUUUGGGAUGAUGGGAUGCACAGAUGUUGGGAUGCAGGGGUGGUGGGAUGGAGGGAUGCAAGGAUACCCGGAUACUGGAUGCUGGGGUGUUGGGAUGCUGUGUCCAUGGCACCUGUAGUGCCCUGAUUCCAUGUCUUUGGCAUCCCCGAGGUUUCGGGAGCAGCUCUGCGUGGUGGCUCCUGCUGGAGGAGCCUCUGGGAUUUAGGGAAAACGUCCCCAAAAUGCUCGGGGAAGGACGGGACCUUUUCCUCUGCGGGGACCUCAACAUCUGCUCCCGGGGUGGGGGCAGAGGGGACUGGGGGGACACAGAACCCCCCCGGCUCCCCUCCUCUCGGGGGCCUGCAGAGAGCCAGGAGGGGCCCCCCGAGCCCCUUUUCCCCAGGCUGAGCCCCCCCCAGCUCCCUGGGCCGCCCAUUUACAGCCUUUAUCUUUUGGAGCAGCCACUCCAGGGCCUGAGCCCCAGUUUCUGGUUUGCAGCCGCACAUUUCCUGUGGAAUGGGAGGAGGGAACCAAAUCUUGGGGCUGUUUUUCCCCUUCGCUCGGGCGACUUUACUCCCUGAAACAGCAUCUCGGCCACAUUGAUCAUCGUAACUGGUCUGCUCUGGGCUCAGAUCGGGAGGCCUGGGGACAGACACCCCACCUGUAACGCUGCUGCCUCCUUUGAGAACACACACAGGAUCACUCUCGAGGAGAAAAGACAACAUGUCCUGCUGAAUACACCACCUGAGGAGCCUUUCUGCUGUGCCUUUGGCAACUGGAGGUGUCUGUCUCGUAUUGGCCUCGUGAGUCACCAGAGUGUGUGUAACAAACGUGGAGAGAGCCUUCCUAAAUCUUCCUUCAGGAAGCCUGGCCAUGACUGACUGACCGACUGACUGACUGACUGACUGACUGACUGACCGACUGACUGACUGACUGACUGACUGACUGACUGACUGACUGACUGACAGACUGACUGACUGACUGACUGACUGACUGACUGACUGACUGACUGACUGACCGACCAACUGACUGACUGACUGACUGACAGACUGACUGACUGACUGACUGACCGACCAACUGACUGACUGACCGACCGACUGACUGACUGACUGACAGACUGACUGACUGACUGACUGACUGACUGACUGACUGACUGACCGACUGACUGACCGACUGACCGACUGACUGACAGACUGACAGACUGACUGACUGACUGACCGACUGACUGACUGACUGACUGGUGCAACUUCCAGCGUUUGCUUUUGGUUUCGCUGAAUUAUCUCAGCCCCCCACAGCUGGGUGGGAGCAGAGGGGGUUUAUCAGGGGGCUCCUGGGAGAAAAUCUGGACCCAGGCCCAACCAUCCCGGCCAUAAAAAGCCGGAGCAGCCCCGUGUCCCCUGUGCAGGAGCUCAGGGGGGGCCGGGAGCAGCACCCAGAGCCCACACCCAGCGCAGGGCACAGUCCCUCCCAGAGGAAGCGGCCGCGGCCCCGCCUGCGUCCUCCCAGUGUCUGGGGGUCCCUGGAGAGUCUCUGCCCACCAUGGAGCUCCUGCUGCUGCUGCUGCUGGCCGUGCCCUCGGCCAUUGGCAUCAAGGAGCUGGCCCUGGACAUGGCCCCCGACGCCUUCGAUGACCAGUACCAGGACUGCAGUGACAAAAUGGUGAAGGAGCUGCUGGCGCUCAACCGCUCCGAGCUUGGCCCCAACAGCAAUUACUCCAAGGCCUGGGAUGAUGCCACCGUCAAAUGGCACAGCCACCCAUCCCUGGGGUCUCUGCGCUGGAAGGAAGAGGCCAUUGCCCUCCUGGCAUACACGUUGGAGACAGACUUGUACAAGGAGUUCAACAGGGCUGUGCCCCUGGCCGGGAGCUCCCGCCAGGAAUAUCUGGACAAAUUUCACUUCAAGGUGCUGCAUUUCCUGCUGACCACGGCCCUGGAGGACCUGCGGGGUGCCCAGACCCACCCCCGCUGCCUCCACGUGUUCCGGGGGGUCCAAGGGAUCUGGUUCAUUGCCCAGCCCGGCGACGUCGUCCGCUUUGGCCAGUUCACCUCCUCCUCCCUCAACAGGACAGUGGCCGAGCAGUUCGGCACCGACACCCUCUUCGAGCUGGACACCUGCCACGGCGCCAACAUCCAGGACUUCUCCUUCAUGCCCUGGGAGGAGGAAGUUCUCAUCCCGCCCUUCGAGACCUUUAAUGUCACCAGAGUCACCCACCAAGGGGCCAAAACCCACAUCCAGCUCCGCCCCCAUGGCGUGUACAGCAAACACAACUGUGUCUAUGCCUCAGUGGUCAGCAGUGGCCAAAGGGACCCCCCCCACCUCGGGGGGCUCCUCCUGGCAGCCCUGCCCUGGCAGUGGCCAUGGGCACCCCCCGAGCCACGAGGACACCGCUGUCCCCUCUGCCCCCGUGCCCGGCCCAGCCGAGGGCUCAGAACGGAGCCCCCGGUGUCCCCAGGACGGGCCGGGGGGCACGGGGACCCCCCGCUGCAGGGGGACACUGCACAAGCCCAGGGGACGCCCUCCCUGAGCCAUGGCUGGGGGGUUGGGGGGCAGCUGAGGGGGGGCACAGGGGGGAUUGGCUUCUCUUCGGGGCGUUUUUUCCUCCCUCCCAAUAUUUUAACUCUGCUUUCCAACCAUUAAAGUGGCUUUAGCCCAACCCCCCGUCCCCUCCCCGUCCCGGCUCUGGCCCCUCCUGGCCCAGGUGCUGCCGAGGCUCCCCCGGGGGAGCUGCUCCGGCCCCUCAGGUGAGGGACCCCCCGAGCAGCUCCAUCCCCCCGGGGCUGCCCCGGCCAGGGCAGGGGCAGGGGGGGAGUGAAGGUGGGACCGAGUUCUGGGCCGAGGUCGCUCUGCUGCUCACGGGGUGCUCGGAGCACAGAGAGCGACAGGAAACCCAAAAUCAAUCGAUCUGAACCCAAAAUGGACCCGGCCUGACUCUGUUAUUGAUCCAAACGGCUCCAGAACCUGAGAGCAGCAGCCCUGGGACGUUUGCUGUGGCACUGAAUUCACACUGGUGUGCACAGAGAGCUGAGGAGUUUGUACAGGGGAUGUGCAGGUGUGUGUGCAGGUGUGUGUGCAGGUGUGUGUGCAGGUGUGUGUGCAGGUGUGUGUGCAGUGUACAUAGAGCUGUAUGUACAGGUGUGUGUGCAGGUGUAUGUACAGGUGUGUGUGCAGUGUACAUA